GAGCAGCAGCAGCUGAUCGCAAGCUCGAGCUCGUAGCGGGCAGUCGUCGUCGUCAGGCCUAGGAGAGAGAGCGAGAUGACGGUGGUAAUAUAGAUCGGAUACAGGGAGAGGAAGGAAUGAAUCGUCGAGUAGUUCGAUCGUCGAUCAUCGAACUGGAUCAACGAGAUACGCGCAUCGUUGUGCGAUAGAGAGAGAGAGAGGAUAAUCCCGAGGCAGCAUGGCUUCGGAUGCUCGGCUACGUCCCGAGAGAAUGAAAAAAAAGUAAAGGGAGCUUUAGUGGUUUAACGUAGAGUUAUCGACAACAACAGCAGCAAAAAAAGUCGCAUCCUUGCCCAUUUGUACACCCUUUUCCUACUCCUCCUCCUCCUCCUCCUGCAAUAAUGUCGCUGCACCAAGAAGAGCAGCAGCUCACCAACGAGGAGUCGUACCUCAAGAACGGCCGACCGCUCAACGUCUUCAAGCUCGGCUUCAGCGAUCCCAAGCUCGAGGAGCUCUACCGCCUUUCCGCCCUCAAGGAGCGCCGAGGCGGUCUCCAAUACUUCCUCGUCUCGGCGGUGCUCUACGACUUCUACACGAUCGGCCUGCCGGACUCGCACACGAUGGUCAGGAUCCCGGUCGGCGUGGGCCUCGCCGUGAAUCUGGCCCUGCUCGCCUGGUCCGAGUGGGCCACCAAGCCCAGGAGCGACGGCUGCUGGCAGCGUUCGGUGCCGUAUCUCGCCUGGCUGGUGAGCUCGGCCCAGCUGAUCGGGCCGCUGUUCCUGAAGGACGGCCACGACGUGACGCCGCGAGACAAUUUCGGCUGGUUACUGAUGCUGGUGUAUCUGCACUUCGCCACGCUGCCGCUGAGGCUGUCGCUGUGUCUGGGUUUGGCCGUGGCGACGACUGCGGCUUAUCUGGGUUCGGUCUACGGAUUGUCGAAUCUCGACGUGUCCGUCAACGUCAUACUACUCACGGGCACGCUGUGCUUCUGCGCCGGCAUCCUCGGCGACGCGAGCUACCUGCUGUCGGAGUUCCAGCAGCGUCGCGCCUUCCUCGAGACCAAGUCCAGCCUCGAGGUCCAGAUGAUGAUCGAGGAGCAGUCGAUGGAGCAGGAGCGUCUGCUGCUCAGCGUGCUGCCCGAGCACGUGGCGGUGAUGAUGCGCCAGGAUCUCGGCGCCUCCAUGGACACCCAGUUCAAGAAGAUCUACAUGUCGCGGCACGAGAACGUCUCGAUACUGUACGCCGACAUCGUGGGCUUCACCGCGAUAUCGUCCACCUACUCGGCCAGCGAGCUCGUCAAGAUACUGAACGAGCUGUUCGCGAGGUUCGAUCAGCUGAGCGAGAGAUACGAGCAGCUGCGCAUCAAGAUCCUGGGCGACUGCUACUACUGCAUCAGCGGCGCGCCCAAGGAGAGGGCCGAUCACGCGGUACUGUGCAUCCACAUGGGUCUGUCGAUGGUCGAGGCCAUCAAGUACGUGCAGCAGACGACCAAGAGCCCGGUGGACAUGCGCGUGGGCAUACACACGGGGGCUGUGCUGGCCGGGGUGCUGGGCCAGCGCCAGUGGCAGUUCGACGUCUACAGCAAGGACGUGGAGCUGGCCAACAAGAUGGAGAGCAGCGGCAGAGCCGGACGAGUGCACAUCUCGAACGUCACUCUGGGCUUCCUGAAAGGCGAGUUCGAGGUCGAGCCGGCCUACGGCGAGACCCGCGAGGAGAUACUGCAGAAGGCCGGCAUCACGACGUACUUCAUCGUCAAGGCGCUCAAGCCACUGGUGGAGAUCGCCACGUCGACGGGCCAGCGCAAGUCCCUGGGCAGUCUGGCGUCGCUGGACGACGCCGUGCGCAGGGAGCAGGCGAGCUACUCGCAGCAGCGGGGCAUCAGCAGCUCGGACGGCGCGACUCUGGACGACUCGGAGGACUUCAGGCAGCGGCUGAAGAAGGAGCUCGACAGCAGAGUGGGCGGUGGAGCCGAGCUCAAGGGCCACGCGUCCUGGCUCACUCUGGCCUUCCAGGACCCGGACCAGGAGCGCGGCUUCAACACCUCGGAGGAGGCCUUCUCGCCGCUCUCCCUGAUCGGUGGCCCCCUCGUCAUGGCCACGGCGGCGCCGCUCUGGCGUCUCCAGCCCUGGGGCCCGUUCACCUGGGGCGGCAUCGGCGUCGUCGUGCUCUUCAGUCUCGUGCUCGCCGUGGCCACCUGUCUCGGUGGCUCGGUGCGCGCGCGCUGGCUGCGUCGCGUCCUCGCCCUCCUCAUGAUCUUCUCCAUGAGCAUCUUUCUGCUGCUCGACAUGGCCAAUUGCUCGCUGCACUCGGCGGAGCUGCCGAGGCCCGCGAACAACACCGGCGCCGCGGCCGGCUGGCAGCCGCGCUGCCCCUACUCGUCCUACUACUCGUACAUCGGCGUGCUGGCCCUCAUAGUGAUGUCGAUGCCGACCUACGUCGGCUAUCUGGGCAAGGCCUUCCUCAUGUUCUGCCUGGCUGGGGCCCAGUGCGCCGUCAACGUACUGUGGCUCGCGCCGAGUCUCGAUCGCGAGGGUCUCGCCGUCGUGCAGUCCGGCCACGAUUACUUCCAGCUCAAGUACUCGCUGUCGCUGAUGCUGCUGCUGAUCGCCCUGGCCCUAGUCAUGGUGGCUCGAUACGCGGAAAAGUCGCGGCGAGUGCUGUUUCUGCGUGCGCGCGAGGUCGAGGCGCAGCGCGAGCGCGCGGCCGACAUGAAGAGGCGCAACGGCGCCCUCAUCUACAACAUCCUGCCGCCCCACGUGGCCUCGUACUUCCUGACGACGUCGCGCCACCACGACGACCUGUACAGCCAGAGCUACGCCGAGGUCGGCGUGCUCUUCGCCAGUAUGCCCAACUUCGCCGACUUCUACAGCGAGGAGAGCAUCAACAAUCAGGGCCUGGAGUGUCUCAGGUUUCUCAACGAGGUCAUAUCGGACUUCGACGCGAUACUCGACCAGGACAAGUACAAGGACAUCAUCAAGAUCAAGACGAUCGGCUCGACGUACAUGGCUGCCUCGGGCAUCACCGAGUCGGCGAGCAGCAGCAAGGAGCCCCAGUGGCAGCACCUGGCCACCCUCGUCGACUUCGCCGUCGAGAUGAAGAACGUCCUGUCGCACAUCAACGAGCAGAGCUUCAAUCACUUCGUCCUCAAGAUGGGCAUCAAUCACGGGCCCGUCACGGCCGGGGUGAUCGGGGCGCGCAAGCCCCACUACGACAUCUGGGGCAACACCGUCAACGUCGCCUCGAGGAUGGAGAGCACGGGCAAGGUCGGCUUUCUCCAGGUGACGGACGAAACGCGCAUGAUCCUCGAGAACUUCGGCUUUGGCUUCGAGCAGCGCGGCAUGGUCUUCGUCAAGGGCAAGGGUCAGCUGCUCACCCACUACCUCAUGACCAAAGACGGCGUGCAGCUCAAGCUCGACAGCGAUCUGCCGAUCAUACCGACGCACCCAAUCAUCUAUCAGUAAAAACGAACAAAAAAAAAAAAAACAAGAAUAAAAAAGAAUAAACGAACGACAUCGAGAGAUCGACGUUUUCGCACGCACACAGUGCGCACAAAGUGUAAACGGGGAGGUGUUAAAAAGGAUAUAAAUUAAGAGCUUCGAUCGCGAGCUAAAAAUAAAAAGCGUCUAUGUAUACGCGCGAGCCACGAUGGAAAAACGAGGGUUUAAUCAAUUUUCCUCCAGACUGGAUAGUUUAAUCCCGGUGUAGAGGGUGAAUGAGCUUAUUUAAAAAAAAAAAGAAAAAAGAGAGAGAGAGAUCGUGAGUCAGGUAUUAAUGUUUUUUCUCUUUCUUUACCUUUGUUUUGUUGUCCUUUUUGAGUGUGAAACUUCUGUAAUAAGUAUAGCAUAAUUGCAUAACGUGUAAAGAGUUGAAUGGUUCAAAUAUAGGGUUAUAGGAGCAAUUUUUUCAAUGUACGUACACGUGUAAUAGCUACAAGCAUGAAAAAACAAAAAUUUACCACUUGAUUGUUAUUCAUUUAGAUUGAGUGUGUUGAACUACUAAGAGCGCGCAUAUGACAAUAUUAUAAAUAUUAUGGAUUAAACAAAAAAAAAUAAUGAUGUCGUCAUGCGCAAAUACAAUAUUAUAGGCCUGUGCUGUUUUACUGCAUAAAUAAUAAUAAUUAAACUCGAAAGAAUUUCCAUGAUCGAUGCCGGAAUUUUGUCAUUCAUCGUAACAAUAUAUAUGAUUUCUCCUCCGUCCAGGGAACCGUUACGUAAAACCAAAAAAUUAAUUAUAAUGUAUAAAUGCAUAACGCAUGAUCAUGUUUGAACAUCUCGUGUUAUAACUUCAUUGUAAGCGUUAUUUCUUGCGGCAGACGCACGCGUGUGUGAAUGGCAACUUGAAUCCAUGUGAAUAGAGAAAAAAAAUCAGUUGUUUUUGUAGCUAAAUUGCUUUACAAUGUUAAAGAAAUUUCAUUUCUAUGAAAAUUUAUCGAUUGUUAUUGAUAUGGAGGUUCAAAUUGUCAUGAAAUCAGGCGAUUGAAAAGUAAUACGUAAGUUAUUGAAGCACUAUUAUUUUGUGCGACAAGUUGCGUUAGUUGAAUUGAAGGAUUCCUUGCAGGAUCAACAUCAAAUUGUAAAUUAAGGUUUAAUUCUACGAAAAUUCGUUAUAAAAUAAUCAUGAAAUCCAACCGUUGUGUAUCAUAAAGCUACUGAUUGUGCUAAUAACGAUUCUCGACGAGAAACUGAGAUUCGCUAAUUCGACAAUUUUUCCUAUUAGAGUCUAAGAAAUUGAUGAUGCUCGUUUUCCUUUAAUUGAUCGAGGCCUAACAUUGGUCCACUUGGUACUAUUUUUAAAUUUUGGGUUAAAUUAAAUUAUAUGAGUUCAUUUAUAUCUAGCUUCAAAAAUGAUAAAAUAACUGUAGAAACGUGUCGCUAAAAGACAAUCUAAUAGUAAUGAAAAAUAAUAGAGAAUAUUUUUCUAUUCAAUCAAAAGAGCUUUAUGGUUUUGUUGAUUUGAAUUCUAGUCAAAAAAAAAAAAAAAAAAAAA